CAGGCAAACAAUGACAGUCCAACACUGAACUACUGUAGGUGUACAGCAGAAACACUCCCCUGGGUUGUGACGCUUCAUCUGAAGUGAAAGGUCCUUCCAAGAAUUUGACAAUGUAAAGUGUGCAUUGACAUUUGCAUGUGAUUAUGAAAGAGUGCAGACGUUCUGUAUUCAGAGUCUCCAAGGGCUCUGACGCACAUGAUAUCUGACCCACAACCAGCACAGAAAGCGCACCUGAAACUCUGCACCUGCGGAGGAAUUUUGCAGACAAUGGGCAAUGAAAACGCUAAAACAAAUGUGAUAAACAGGAGCAGCAGGAAUGUACGAGCAUUUAUAAGCCAAGAGAAGCUGGACAUUGCAGCCUUCAUUACAAAAUACAACGGCCAAGGCGUGAUGGACACCCCGCUGCCACAUUCUGCAAUGAAGAAGUUCUGCUUUCGACCCGACGUCCCAAGCUACCGUAUUCUAAUUUCUGAAAUUGGUGAGCUUCCUUGGGAAAAGAACCAAUAUAUUUCACUGUUCAUUGAAGAUGAGGACGAUAAAGAAAUCUGUAUUAAGCACGUCUGUCUUUGCAUGCCUCUACCUUACGUAGCUUCAAUUUUAUUAUAUGAUAUAUGAGUUAGAUACACUGUCUGGUUUUUUUUGACAGUCACCCCAUCUUCCUUUGUUGCAUUUCUCCUUUAAGUUUAAUAUCUCUUCGGUAAACGCACCAGUAGCAGUUGCUUUUCAAUAAAUAUUGCUAAACAAUACAGGUCUUUGUACAUCUUGUGUUUUCAAAAGCAUCGGGAACAUUACAUGACCAUGAAAAUACACCGCAUGACUUCUCUAAUUCAAAAAGUGAGAAACUGGCAAAUAUAAGCAAGCACACUAUCAUUCCCACAUGUGGGUUGAUUUCAUGCAAAAGUAAUUAAGGGACUGACAAACGAAGGCCACCCAGUGCUUUUACAUUCACUGUGGUUUUAUUAUGAUUUAUGAAUUACAGUCAUCUUCACCUUAAAUUCUUUAGGUCAUUUCUUGGAUAAUGCCAGCCGUUUAAUUCGUUUCUCCUGUCCAGUGUGGAGAAACGUGCCAUUUAGAUAAAGGUCGAGUAAGAUAGUCAUUUUAAAAGAUGUAUCAUGUUGUAUUUGCAUUCUAUCUGCUCUCGCGACAGCUUAUGCAAAGAAAGAUCAAGCGUGGUAUCAUAAAAAUUCUGAAGACACGCUUCAUCACAGAGCUACACUAACGCCUUUGUGGUCCUUUAGUGUCUGUAUGACACAGCAAAAAAAGAAAAAUUGCAAUGCAUGCUAUAUUUAGCUGUAUUUGCUGGUUUAUUAUUUAUAAUAGUUUAGUAAAGCAAUGACCUAAAGAACAGCAGGGUGAUCUAUUCCAUGCUAAUUAUUAAUUACUAUAAUUGAUUAAGUUUUGAAUUAAAAUAUGUAAACAUCAAAAUCAAUGUGGCUGCUAGCCAAAGUAUAAGCCAGAAAUACAGAAAUCAGAUUAGCCUGCAUAAAACAGUUUAUAGAACUUGAAUAAUAUCACUGUAUAUUCCUUUAGAGACACCAUUAGAGGUAUGAUAUUUAAGACAAUCACAACAAAAUGUCUUUUAAACUUUCAAGAAGAAUGAGUUAAUAGCAUGACCAUGACUUGCGUAACAUCUCUGGCCACAUAAAAGAAAGUGACAGAGAGAAACUGGGGAGAUUUGAAUGGCCUGGACAUAAAAAGAAAGAUGCGUUUUACUGUGUCCUUCUAUGUGCUGAGCGUGUGGCUAGGGUUUUUGUGUGUGAUUUUUGUAUGUCUGUGGAGUGGGAUCUGGAGAGGAGGAUUUGCCUGGGAUGGAUCUUUUCUGCAGUUUAACUGGCACCCGGUCCUUAUGGUGACGAGCCUUGUGGUGCUGUAUGGGAAUGCCAUAGUCCUGUACCGUGUUCCUCUCACCUGGAGCAGGUGCUGGUGUAAGUUGGCUCAUGCAGGGCUGUUGUUUGUGGCCUUGGUCCUGUCUGUGCUGGGAGUGCGUGCUGCCUUUGAUUUUCACACUGCCAACAACAUCCCUCAUCUGUAUUCACUCCACAGCUGGACUGGGAUCUCCACAGUGUCCCUAUUCACUUUGCAGUGGUUUGUAGGUCUUUGCGCUUUCUUGUUACCCUGGACCCCUUUGGCUCUCAGAGCCCGUCUGAAACCUCUUCACAUCUGGAUGGGCAUUGCCAUCUUUAUCCUGAGUCUCAUCACCAGCCUGUCUGGGAUCAAUGAGAAACUGCUGCUGACACUAAAUGGGAGAAAUGGAAGCAACACCGAACCGUAUACAGCACUGCCUGCUGAAGCUCUGUUUGCAAACUCAUUAGGCAUUGCGGUUGUUAUUUUUGGAUUGUUAGUGUUGAAACUUCUGUCCAGUCAGAAAUGGAAGAAUCUAGAGUCUGAGAAUGAAACUGACAGACCUUUGCUGACAGAUGCCAGAUGAAGACUGGAGUAAACAAGAGGAAACAUUUUGCGUAUAUCACAAUUAUGCAACCCACUUUUUGACUCACUUUUUAUGCAGGCUUCAUCUACACAUCCAAAACAAAUUGAGUGCCAUGCAAUGAGAGACAGACCUCUUGUGGUUAAGACAAUUGCAAAAAACAAAUCAAUAAAUUGACCUGACAUUUACUA